GCAGGUAAAGGAAAUAAUAUUUGAAGAAAAAGAAGCUCAAGCUCCAAUGGAGGACAAAAGGCAACACUUAAGUGAAAACAAGUUUCUUCUCCACUGGAGCUGUACUCUUCUGUUAUCUUUCUUGGCCAUAUCUCCUUCAACUCAAGCUUUUAACUACGGCGAAGCCCUUUCCAAAAGCCUCCUUUACUUCGAAUCCCAACGCUCCGGCCGCUUACCCCACAACCAAAGAGCCACCUGGCGCCACCAUUCCGGCCUCACCGAUGGCCUCGAGCAAGGGGUGGACCUGGUGGGAGGGUACUAUGAUGCCGGAGACAACGUGAAAUUUGGUCUGCCAAUGGCAUUCACCAUCACCAUGCUCUCGUGGGGUGUCAUUGAAUACGGCAACGAGAUCGCCGGUGCCGGAGAGUAUGCUCACGCUCUCGAGGCGAUCAAAUGGGGAACUGAUUACUUCAUCAAAGCUCAUACUCACCCAAACGUCUUAUGGGCUGAGGUGGGUGAUGGCGACACCGAUCAUUACUGUUGGCAGCGGCCGGAGGACAUGACCACAUCCCGGCAAGCCUACAAGGUGGACGAGAAGAACCCUGGAUCGGACGUUGCCGGAGAGACGGCUGCGGCAAUGGCGUCAGCCUCCAUCGUGUUUAGGAAAACAAACCCACAUUACUCUCACCUACUACUGCAUCAUGCACAACAGUUGUUUGAGUUAGGGGACAAGUUUAGAGGGAAGUAUGAUGAAAGUGUAAGAGUGGUGAAAGGGUACUAUCCGUCGGUGAGUGGGUUCAAAGAUGAGCUGUUGUGGGCAGCUUUGUGGCUAUACAAAGCCACCGACAAUGAGGCUUAUUUGAGUUAUGCUUUAGACAAGGCAAAUGAAUUUGGUGGGAUCACUUGGUCCAUGAACGAGUUCAGCUGGGAUGUCAAGUUUGCUGGUCUUCAGAUCAUUGCUUCAAUGUUGUUGGUGGAAGAAAAGCAUAGGAACCCGGCAUCCAAGCUUGUAUUAUUGGAACAAUAUCGUUCAAAGGCCGAGUACUAUUUGUGUGCUUGCCUUAACAAGAACAACGCGAGUAAUGUGAAACGCACACCAGGAGGUCUAUUGUACGUCCGACAAUGGAACAACAUGCAAUACGUAUCGAACGCGGCGUUUCUCCUAACCGUUUACUCUGAACAUCUCCGAGCGUCGAAGCUACUGUUGAGAUGCGACCGUGGCGAGUCGGGACCGGAAGAAGUUCUCGCGUUCGCAAAAUCCCAAGUCGAUUACAUCUUGGGAGGGAAUCCGAAGGCCACGAGUUACUUGGUCGGAUACGGUUCAAGGUACCCUCAAAGGAUGCACCAUAGAGGAGGAUCAAUUGAAUCUUAUAGCGAGAAGAAGGGAUUCAUAGGGUGCACUCAAGGGUAUGAUAAUUGGUUUCACAGAAAAGGACCAAAUCCUAACGUUGUUGUGGGGGCACUUGUAGGAGGGCCGAGCGAGGAGGAUGAAUUCAGGGAUGAUAGGAAGAAUUUCAUGCAAACCGAGGCUUGCACUUAUAAUACAGCAAGCCUUGUUGGGGUUUUGGCCAAAUUGCACUCAUUUUCUCAUAUGUAA